AUGUCCGCCUCGUUCCCAUCUAUUCCGGGCUUUGCCGGCCCGCUGUCACUCAAAGCUUUCCUGGAGGAGUACUUUGGUCUCCAUCUCACGUUUGCCGCCGAAACUGCGUCUCCAUCACCAAGGGCAGCCGCAACGGCAGAGACACCGAGUGCUGCAGGGUUUCGUGCUUUGCGUGAUGUGGUGCUGCCGCCUAACCAAUCGUUCCUGGUCGUCGUGUACGUGGCGCUGCACGCCUCUUCUUCCCCUCCGCCUACCACAGCACACGCAUCCCCAACACCAGCGACACCGGAUCCGGGUUGCGCUGCGCCCCCCACGGGGCUCGGCCGGCUUCGGCAGCUGCUGGCCCAUCAGACGGCGGUAUCGACAGCUCACGAUACAUGUGUGACACGAUGCAACCCUUCCGACCGACAGAAUCCCUUCUGUUUGUCUUCGUCGUCCACGGGCAAGAAUGGCAACGCUCGUGGUCCCUGGUGUGCCUCCGCCUCUUGGCUUCUCUACACCAGCACUUCUCAUCGACCCUUCACCGACGCUCUGUUGCGCCACCCGUGGUGGGCAUCGUUUUCCGCCUGCCUGGGUCCCGCAGCUAUGGGGUUUAUUGAGAUGUACUGUCCUAUCGUUCUUCAGCUGGAGGCCAUGGCUGGCGGGGUGCAGGUGAUCGGGCCUGCCCUGAAACACGUAGCGUUAGAGACGUCGUUUUCCGCGACGGCGCAGUUAUCGGAGAUUAAGGGCCUGCCGCCACGGGGAAGCGCCAGUGUCUCUUCACGUGGCGUGAAGCGCGGCGUCGACACAGGCGAAUGCUCCGCGCCUCUGCCGCUUCAAAAGCAAAGGCGUGUGGAGGCGGUAGCGUCGCCGCCGAAGGCGGGACGAAGGCUCCAGCGAGAGGUCGCCCCGAGUCAUCGUCCAUGUAGAGACGACUCCUUUUCCAGUCCCGUGAACCGUGCGGCGAUGCCUGCCACCUGGGCGGCCGCAUUGACGCGCACCGAUGUUCCGCGCACACGACUCUACAGUGUGCGCGUCUCGGAUAGCGACUGCACCGGUGACGGCGGCGGCGCGCUUCCGCUGCCAGCGGGCUUCCUCGAGGCGCAGUGGCUUCGCCGCCAUCCACAUAGCUUGCACCGUGUGCUUCAAGCCGCUCUGCCGAAGAGGGCAGCCUACGGGGCAUCCACACGGCACUACUGCGCGGGUACUGGCGAGAGGGGCACCGGGUGCACGAGUGUAGAAGACAUAUCGAUGUGGCACGUAGCGCACGUCUUCCGUUGGUUGGUGCUACAGCCCUCUCAGAGCAGCGCGGAUGCUUCUCAGACAACCUCACCGAAGUUCGACUUGCCAUCCUACCUGCGCCGUCUCCUGUCGACCGUUGUCGACCAGUGCAGUCGGUUGGAUCUUCGCGGGGCCGCCCUAAAGCAUACCGGCUACCUGGAGGAAGCCUUCCGUCGUCAGCAGCAAGGCGUGGAGCCGUGGGAUGUGCAGCGCCUCUCCACCCCUGUCGACGUGGUGGUCUCCUACCUGCGCACACUGCUGUCCACUCUACGCUGGGCACCGUUGAAGGAGGCCAACAACGGGCUGUUUUGGGGACGCGAUGCUGCCGGUAGCGAACGUGUGCUCGACGCGCUCAUGAGAGCGGUGCGGGGUUGGCUGAUCGCCGGCCGACAGGCCGUCGUUCCGGUCUCCCGCUUCUUGGACGGCGUGCCUGUGGCUCAGGUACCGUGGCUGAAUGGGUUCUACACCACGACCCCUUCGCUGCCGUUCUCAGACGCGACUUCGUCCGCGGCUCGUCACGCGCGCCGCGAGCGUUCGCAAGUUCAGCAGCGUGUUUGGCUUCAGUUCGUCUUGUUCCUCACGCAGGACAUACUGCCUUUCUUGCUGCGCGCGUCCUUUACAAUCACGUGGAGUUCCAAGAACACGCACAAACUUCUUUUUUUCCCUGCAUUUGUGUGGCGUCGACUGGUCCGCCGCGAGGUGCGUCGUACUCGAUCUUGUCGCGCUCCGCGCUCGCAGAUGCCACUUGCCGAGGAAAGAACUCGCAGUGUCGGUGCUGAGCGUGCUGCGUUGUUCUCGGCACCAAGCGCGUGUGGAGGCGCGGUUGCGGCUGCGUUCCCCUCGCCCCACUCAGCCGCCUCCAACGCAUCUGCGGCCAUUUCCGCACCGAGAGAUGUAUGGCGCGCUGUGCGUACUGGCGGUGCGUUGACGCACCGGGGCGCGCGCGCUACCCUUGCCACACGCGGCGGCGGUGCAUCCUGCCUUUACGCUGGCGUUCGCUUCCGCCCUGACCGGCGCAAGCUGCGACCCAUUGCUGUGGUGCGCAGCGCGUCCCUGCGGUCGUUGAAAGAAAUGGCCCGUGGCUCACCGAGCCCGUACAGCCACGCAAGCGCCAUCGUACGCUUGCUGCGCAGACUAGGGUGCAGCGACGCCGAUGGUCAGCUGCCGGCGGCGACAGCGACACUACUCAGGCAGGUGCAGGCACGCAGCCGUCACAACCGCCGUACGGGCGUCCAUCGCUCUGCUCACCCGCUGCCCCCACACCUUCCUCACAAGGCAGCAUUGCAGGACGCACUGCGCUGCUUGGUAAGCGGGGUGGAGGAGCAGCGCGUGCGGGACGGUCUGCCGCGCUUGAGCAACCUUUCCCACCAGGACGAGUACGCAGAGCUGCGCAGCUUUUGCGAGGAGGUGCGGGGGAGGCACGCUGUACCGUGCGAAGGUCCUACGGAGACAACGCCAGCGGUCUCAUCGGCCUCACCGCCGGGCGCGACUGCCUGUUUCGCACCUUACGUCACCCUCGUCCGCAGCGAUGCCUCGCGUUGCUAUGAUAACUUACCGCAAGAGCGGGUGCUCGCAGCAGUGAGGUCUUUGGUGAAGCAUGACGCCUACCGCGUGCUUCGCUUUACCGUCAUUCACGCCGUGGAUAGCGAGGCAACUUGCAAGGGUGGUUGCCUACUCCGGCGUACCUUCACGACGCGCACCAUCCCGUGCGCGGAGGCGGAGUGCGGCUUUCUGACUCGAAUUCCUCGUGGCCACAUUUAUUGGGAGGAGGAGGGACGCACACCGGCUGGGCCCCACACCAGUGCUGCCGUUUCUCGCACAACCGACGCUAGCAGCCGCUGCGGCGCGAACCUGAUUUCCGGUGCCGCGGUCCGCGCACUCCUAAGCGAGCACAUACGCCACCACCUUGUUGUUGUGUCAGGAGGCAGCUUGUUCGAACAGCGCGUCGGAAUUCUGCAGGGCUCCCCGGUGGCGAUGCUCCUAUGCGACCGCCUCUUUUCCAACGUAGUGGACACCGCUCUGUCGAGUAUCCUGAGCGAGCACGCGGAGCGGUCGCUGCUGCUGCGCCGGGUCGACGACGUGCUUGUUGCCACCACAUCACCCGCUGCCGCGGAGCGGUGCCUGCGGGCGAUGCAGCGCGGCUGGCCCUCGGUCGGGUACCUGAGCAACCCAAGUAAGUUAACGCUGUCGAAGGCGUGCGGCAGCCUCGUUCCCUGGUGCGGUCUUCUCCUACACGACACGACGCUCGAGGUCAGCGUGGAGUGGCGGCGUAUUGGGGUUCUACUGGGGUCUCUCCGCGUCGGUGAUCCCCACUAUGUGCAUCGUGGAGAUUACGAGCCGUUGUACUUGACGCAGCGCUUUCUUGCAGUGUUGCAGCUGCGUGUGGCUCCCACGGCGCUGUGCGGCCGUAUGAACUCCAAAACCCGUCAGCUGCAGACCUUCUACGAGGUUGGUCUGUUGUGGAGCCGUGUCGUGCUGGAGAAGGUGCAGGAGGCCUUGCCGGUGGCGCGUAAUCGCUGUGUGACCGUGCUACUGCUGCGUCCGCUCGCCGUGUGCGUGGGUCGCCUGUGCCGGUUGCUAAGUCGUCAUCAGCGCUUUCUAGCGGCCCGGCAGUCUGCGUGCGACGUGUCAGCUGCCGAGGUGCGGGCCUGCGUUUUAACAGCACUUCAUCGCACGGUGCAAGCCAAGUUGAGGGUGCUACAGGCUCGCACCGUCCGCGCGAUGACCGCUCAGAGAGGGCCCUCUUUGAAAGGGCGGCGGAAGACCUUUUGCUCCAAGAAGGCAUCGUCUGUUGGACGCAAAGGGUGCGAGCGACGCCGCAGAGGCCGUAAUCGUCGUAGCACGCGUGUCUGCUUGCGCUCCUUCUGGUGGCUGACUGCCGCAGAGGUUGAGUCGCAGUGGCGCCGCUCCCUUGGCGCCCUUCACAGAGCAGCACCACGCCCUGGCGAAGCGUGUGGGUCGACCGCGUCUUCACCUUCCCCGGCGGCGUCGGCAUCCUUGCUGAUGGAAGAUGGCCCUUUAUCGAUGCACGCGCGUGCGCUAAGCGCGACGCGACUCUCGCAGACUUGA